GAGAUGUGAAUGCGGUCCAAGGUAUAAAAGGGACAGGAGGUUGAUGGUCCAGCAUUCCAUCUGAAAUUGGAUAAGAGAUUGGAUCACCAUCACCAUGACCAUGGGCAAGAUCAUCUUCUACGAGGACAAGAACUUCCAGGGUCGUUCCUAUGAGACCAGCAACGACUGCGCUGAGGUCACCUCCUACCUGAGCAGGUGCAACUCCUGCAGGGUGGAGAGCGGCUGCUUCAUGGUCUAUGAGCGCCCCAACUUCAUGGGUCACCAGAUGAUGGUUAGGAGAGGAGAGUACCCCGACAACCAGCGCCUGAUGGGUAUGACCAUGAGCGACUGCAUCAGGUCCUGUCGUAACAUCCCCAGUUAUAGGGGCCAGUUCAGAAUGAGGAUGUAUGAGAGGGAGAACUUCGGAGGCCAGAUGCACGAGCUGAUGGACGACUGUGACUCCAUCCAGGAGCGUUACCGCAUGUCUGACUGCCAGUCCUGCAACGUGAUGGAGGGCCACUGGCUCAUGUACGAGCAGCCCCACUUCAAAGGCAGGCAGAUGUACGUGAGGCCCGGAGAGUACAGGAACCUCAGAGAGAUGGGAAACAGCUCCAUGAAUAGAUUCAUGUCGGUUAGACGUAUCACUGAUUCCUGUGAAUCCAGGACACGUCUCAUGGAGGUGUAUCUGUUCACGGAGCUGUUGCCCAUCUCUCUGAGGUUCCUGUACUCUCCAGGCCUCACGUACAUCUGCCUGCCUUUGAAGUGGGGCUGCUCGUACAUGAGCCAGUGGCCCUCCAUCACGUUGCAGGACUGGCAGUCAGACAUGCGCUGUGUCCUUGGCUGGCACAAGCAGAGAGACAAAUGUGUCUGUCACCAUCACAACUGUUUUGAGAGGUGGAUGUCAACAGGCCUGGGAGCAGAUGGGGUCACGAGGUCAUGUUCAGUUAAUCCUGCAGUGACUCAACCUAUAGGGGGACAGAGGCUAGGGGAACUCAGAGUAAGGAGACCAACCCAGCAGUUUACUUAUCAUUAUUUAACACACACACCAGUAGAAAUUCACUUUUUACAGCUAAAAGAUGAUGGCCACAGCUUACCUACGACGUUUCACAACCAUAUCACAUUCUACGAGGAAAAUCAUUUCCAGGGCCGCUGCUAUGAGUGCAGCACCGACUGUGCCGACCUGCACUCCUACUUCAGCCGCUGCAACUCGGCGAGGGUGGAGAGCGGGGCCUGGGUGCUUUAUGAGAAACCCAACUACAAGGGCUACCAAUACAUCCUGAGCCCAGGGGAGUACACAGACAACCAGCAAUGGAUGGGAUUCAACGAUAGUGUCAAGUCCUGCCGCGCCAUCAAAAACGUGUAUGGCAACGUGUGGAAGCUGAGGCUGUACGAGAGGCCAGACUUCGGCGGUCAGAUGGUGGAGUGGGCCGAGGACUGCCCUUCUGUCUACGAGGCCUUUAAGUUCCGCGAGGUGUACUCGUGCAUGGUGACCCACGGCGCCUGGGCCUUCUACGAGCUGCCGAACUACAGGGGACGCCAGUACUUCCUGGAGCGCGGCGAGUACCCCCGCCACACAGACUGGAGCGCUGCCACUGCCGCCGUGGGCUCCUUCCGCAGGAUCGCUGAGUUCUAG